AGCGCGUAGUUCCUUCUUGCGCGCUUGCCAAUUCCGCCCCGUGAUCCCCUACGUGGAAACAGACGCGGGCAGACAUGGCUGGAAGCGAUGUGGGGCUGCCGCGGGGGCUGCCCAGCGGCCCACCACCACCGCCGCCGGGGAUCGAAGCCCCUGACUACCACCACGACAUUGCGCGUGACAUUGGUCAGCAAGUGGAGGUGAUGAUUUUGGAUGCCAAGCAUGCGUCCGAGAAUCGGGUGGGCAAGGAGAUCCAAAAGAUCAAGCAGAAGAUGGAGGCCAUGGCUGAGAAGAUCAAGUUGAUCAACGACAAGGUGGCGCAAGUGGAGCCCUCCGCCAAGGGGCUGUUGAAGACCGACCUGCAAGCCAGCAUCGCCAAGCUUGAGGAAGUUUGGGAAGGCGAAGUCGGAACCUUGAAGCAUGAGCUGUGGCAAACCAUCCAGGCGCACAAUCACAAUGCGGACCUCCUGAAGCACCACAAGGACGCCAUAGACCAAGUCCAGAGCAGAAUGACUGAUGUACCUCCCAACCCCGAGCUGGACCAAGUGCAUUUGCAGCUGUUGCAGGUGGAUAAGGUCCUCCAACGGGAGAUGGCGAAGGAGGUGCAAAUGGAUCAGCUGAUGAAUCGAUUGACGGUGGUGCAGCAGCAACUCUUCCAGAGUUGGGGCGCUCCUCCGACCGCCUCCGCACUCAUGGCACAGUCCGCCUUGGCUGCGGUGCGCGCUCCGAUGGUGGCCACGGGCAAAAAGGCACCGAAGAAGGCCAGUGCCAAGGCGCCGAAGGGUGCCAAGGCCGCGCCAGGCCUCGCGUCGCUCACGGCGGCCUCGCUGCGUGCGGAGGCCCCCGAGUUUGUGCCAACCGGCUGGGAGUAGAAACGAGCUGUGAAAAACAGAUGAGCCGACCGAGCGGGAGCCUGCCGGUCCCUCCCGCACUGCUCUGAGGUGAGAGGAUCACAGUGAUCGUGGCUUAAGUGAUGCGCGGGGCACUGACCGGCACUGGCCGC